CUUGCUUCUGCAGGGAAACAGGGAGCGGGGCCAGCCCCAGGCCCCAAAACAAUGUUAUGGGGCGCUCCAGACACUCAUUCCCCAGCAGGGAAAUCCAUUCAAGACCUCUUCAGGGCCACCACAGGAAGCGCAGGACUCGACCUCAGUGCCUCCACCUACACGGUAUUAACCCCUGACAUGGGAAUGCAAGCCAUACCUACAGGAGUGUAUGGGCUGUUGCCAAAAGGAAUGGUGGGAUUGGUAUUAGGAAGAAGUAGUGUUACCAUGAAGGGAAUUCUGGUAGCUCCUGGAGUGAUAGAUUCAGACUAUCAAGGUGAAAUCAAGGUUAUGACUCAUUCCCCCUUAGGAAUUGCUGUAAUAGAGUCAGGACAAAGAUUGGCACAAUUGGUAAUGCUCCCCCUCAUUCACAGUGGCAACAAUAGUAAAAAUCAGCAUAGAGGGGCAGGUGGUUUUGGUUCCUCUGAUGUUUAUUGGCUACAAGCUAUCAGUCAACAACGACCUGAAUUAGAGCUAAUUAUUAAUGGGAAAAGAUUUAAAGGACUUUUGGACACUGAGGCGGAUGUAUCUGUAAUCUCAGAAGGAAAAUGGCCCUCAGCCUGGCCAAAGCAUACCUCCAUGACAAGUUUGCAGGGCAUAGGGCAAAGUCAGAGUCCAUAUCAAAGUAGUGAUGAGCUACAUUGGAAGGACCUGGAGGGACAUGAAGGUUCCUUUACUCCCUACAUUGUGAAGGGGCUGCCCAUUAGUCUUUGGGGGAGGGAUGUGAUGAGUAAAAUGGGAGUCUAUUUAUAUAGUCCCAAUGAGCAGGUUUCACAGCAAAUGUUUAAUCAAGGAAUGCUUCCGCAAGCUGGAUUGGGAAGAAAUGGACAGGGAAUUCAGGCACCAUUACAAAUGUGCCAAAAACUGGAUACAAAAAGGCUAGGAUAUUUUUAA